UUAUUCUCGCGUAUUCAAGCUUCUAAUUCUCACCAAGGUGGCAGAAAGUGGCUGCUUCAAUUUUCUCUAUUGGUGGCAUGUACAGUUAGCAAUCUAGUUUAUUAUAUUUAUCUAUGGGCCACAUGUAAAUAUAAUUUUUCAGUUAACAUGUGUUGUUGGUAUACCUGUAUUUUUGGUUAUCAGGUAAUCCGUAAUUGUUUUUAAAAGUGAUAAUAAUUUGUUCAUUGUUGUCAUUUUUAAUAAAGAAACAAACACUUAACGUUGCCGGGCCCGGGUUGAUACUUGAUAGUUGAUAGGUAUUACGGUCAAUCAAUAUAUUUUUUAGUUUUUAUGCACAGCGUCAUUGUUCGUAACCAAACCUAGGACCUAUCCACUGUACAACAAUUGUAAUCUGAUUCUGAAACUUAUGUGAAGAGUGAAGACUUACCUCGAUUAAACUUUAAAUAUUUAAUUCCAGUAGUUAAUUCACAGUUGGCCGACUCUCGAGUUAUUAACAAAUAUGUCCACCGAACCCCUUGACGUUGGUUUUAUCACCGAGGAAUUGGAAGCCAACGAAAUAGAUUCUUACACUUUGUCGAUCACUAAUUAUUCAAAAUUGUUUGCCAGUUAUCUUUAUAAUAACGAACUGUGCUCCGCCAAAUUUCUAUGGCGUCGCAUGCCAGACAACAUUAAGAAUACACCUGAACUGCAGAGAGUGUGGUCGAUCGGUAAGGCUCUGUGGACAAAAAAAUACACUCAAGCCAAUGAGUUAAUAAAUUACAAGUGGUCAGAAUCUUUAGAAUCUAUUAUGGUAGCUCUUAAACGUCGUAUCCAACAAGAUACGUUAAAAUUCAUUAGCGUCUACUAUGAUGCUAUUUCUUUCCACCAGUUUCAAUCGUACAUGGGAGUAGACAAAGAUCAAGCAGAAAGAAUUAUAGAAAGCGAAGGUUGGCUAUGUGAAAACGGCUUUGUUGUUCCAGUGGCCACUAGUGAACCUGAACAAGGAUUGAGCUCUAGUAAUGAGAUUCUAGAUAGGUUAGUUAGACUGGCGUCUUUUACAACAUAUGUUGAAAACUAAAACAAUUUAUAUUUUGUACAGAAAUAAAAUAGGCUGUUUUCGCCAUUAAAAAACAUGAUAUAUUUAAUUAAGUUUAUUUUAUGCCUAUCUCAUUAACUAAAUAAAAAGUUCCAUUAUAGAAAAUAUGAUUUUAUUUGUAAUUUAUAUUAUAAAAUCUAAAUAAUGUUAAUUUUGUUACAACUCACAAUUUUUAAUGUGAUUUUAUAACUUAAAAAUUACUUUACCAAUAAAAUAUUAUUUUUUUAACUGAAUGAUUACAUUAUUACUGGAUUAA